AUAGCACUGGAAGAGAUACCCCCCGAGCUCAUUAAAUUAUAUAAUACCUUUCACGUACCAUUUUUUACGCCAAUGUUUGUCGCGUGAUUGCGAUAUGCGAUACAGAGUCUCACCGGACUUUUAUAGAUGCGACAAUCAAAUUGAUGAGAUAUCGCUUAGUUUAGUAGAAGGUUUAUACCCAUAUUGCUUUGACUCACCCAAUAUUCGUGGUUCCUGUCGUGUGCAUAGAUCCCGAAUUUCACUAUGGCUGUGAAAAAAACGAAUUUCACUUAUGAAAAUGGAGUUUGGAAAGGAGAAGAGAGAGUAGACCUUCAAGAAGGCUACUGGAGAUAUGGAGAAAAAAUUCUGAAACGUCUCAGAGAUUAUCCCGAUCGAAUUGGCCAGGUGGACGCCAAAACUGGUGAAGAAGACAGUUUUGGAAAUAUAGGGGAGAGAAGUGUUAAAUGUGCUUUAUGGAUGAAGAAACAAGGGAUUAAACCUGGUGACAUAAUUGCUCUUUGUACUCAUAAUCAAUUGGACAGUGCUAUUCCAUUCCUCGCCUCUUUAUUCCUGGGAGUUGUGUGCAAUCCUUGGUGGGAAACUUCCUUGGACGAAGACCUUGUGAUCUACUUUCUCAAUCACACAAAACCUAAAGUGAUAUUCACGAGCGAAGAAUGGAGCCCUUUAAUCCACAAUAUUCUCACCAAAGUCCAGUCGGAUGCGAAAAUAAUAGUCCUCGGAAAAGUCCCUGGAAUGCAAUCACUACAAGACAUUCUCAACCAAGAAAACAACGAGAAAGUUCAAAGUUUCGAGUGCGAGAGGAUUGAAACUGCUGACCAACCAGCGGUGUUAAUUUACACCUCAGGAAGUACAGGAAGACCAAAGAGCGUUCUCCUGAGUUACGGUUCGUUAGAAGCUGGUGUUGGUAAUGUCAAGUCUGACGAAAUGUACGACAGCAGGGGCUUUUGGGGCUCGAGUUUCUGCUGGAUUUCUGCUGUCAUAGGAAUGAUGAUUUGCUUCGUUAAAGGAGCAACAGCUGUUGUUUAUCCGGCUCCAUCAGAGGCAGAUCUUUGCAGAUUAAUUGAAAAAUACAAGAUAAACUGGAUGAUUUUGGGUACCGGAUUCGUUAAUCGAUUGUCCAAUACCGAAGAGGCUUCUACUUGUGACCUGUCUUCCGUGAAACUUCUGUUCUUCAGCGGAGCCAUCGGCAAACACGACAUUGAGAGCUUUCUUUUGAAUACUUUUACAAAUGCACAGAUCUAUCAAGCUUACGGUGCUACUGAACUUGGCGGAGCCGUUACAAUAUCAGAAGUCACGAAGAGUUCAAAACCGAACACGUGUGGAGAGCCCACUAAUAACGUGGAAAUAAAAGUCGUUGAUACGUCAACUGGAAAAGCCCUUGGCCCCAAUGAAGAGGGUGAAAUAUGCGUGAGGAGUCCAUUUAGGAUGCGAGGAUAUUUCAGAAAUCCUGAGGCGACUGCUUCUGUCCUUGAUUCUGAAGGGUGGUAUCAUACGGAUGAUCUCGGUUAUUAUGAUGAAGACGGCAAAUUUUAUAUAAUUGACAGACUGAAGGAACUAAUCAAGUGCAGACUGUUCGACAUAACUCCAGGACCAAUCGAGCAGUGUAUUCGUGAACAUCCUGGUGUUGCCGAAGUGGCAGUUGUCGCUAAACCCUACACCCUAGACAGAGAACAGCCAAUGGCUUUUGUGACGAAACUUCCUGGUAAAGAGGUCAGUGAGAAAGAAAUCAGUGACCUAGUGGAGUCCAAAUUACCUCAUCGAAUGACAUUAUCUGGGGGCGUCAAGUUCCUCGACCAGAUGCCCUACACCGCAACCGGAAAAAUUGCAAAGAAAAAGCUCAGAGACUUGGCCAGACUAAUUGCGCAAGAAUAAUUCCCAUCGAGUGAUUUAUGAAUCGAUUCUAAUUACUUUUGUACUCAUAAAAAAAAUAUUGAUGUUAUUGUUUGAUGAGACCUAAAUAUAUGUUCAGCUCUCAUCGAUGGUUCAACAAACGUGUAAAUAAUAUAGUUCAUUCACAACGUCAAAACCGAAAGUGAAACUCAUUAGUGAUUCAUUAGCGAAACGAUAUAGAACCUUGAUUGAAAAAAGUCAUUGCUUUCUGUACAAUGAAACAUUCGAACGUAAUUGCAAUCCAGGGAAUAUGAGUAACGAGAAAUAUAAUCACACAAAUUUGACCCCCAAUUUUCAUAAUUCCCAGAGGAAACACAAUUUUUCCGGGCACUAAUUACCCACAGUGCUCGUAAAAUUCGCCCGUAUUUCGCUGCAAUCGUGAAAUUAUAAGUCGUAAAGCGAAUAAAUGUCUCACCGGUGGUUGAAUUAUUGGCAGAAUUAAUAGGGACGAGUGGGAUAAAUUGCAGGACGAAAAAUAUUCCGUAAAAAUGACGGAACAAUUUUCAUAAAAUUUUUAUAAGACAGAAAUGGUCAGUCUCAUCUCAU